AUGGUGUCUCGUACGAAGAUAACAUGCUAUGUUUUGGUUGGCCUUAUAUUUGUAUGGACCCUGAUGGACGGCGCAGUGGCAGAAGUGAAAGAUCAAAAUGGUGGGCAUGGUGACCAUUGGGGAGGUUGGGGAGGUGGUUGGGGUGGCCCAUGGCAAGGUGGGUCCGGUGGUCAGGGAGGUGGGCCUGGUUGGGGUGGUGCUCCUCGUGAAGGUCCUGGGGAAGGUGGGUCUGGUGGUCAAGGAGGUGGGUCUGGUGGUUGGGCUGGUGCUCCUCAUGAAGGUCCUGGGGAAGGUGGGUCCGGUGGUCAAGGAGGUGGGUUCGGUGGUUGGGGUGGGGCUCCUUACGAAGGUCUUGGGGAAGGUGGGUCCGGUGGUCAAGCAGGUGGGCCUGGUGGUCAAGGAGGUGGGCCUGGUGGUUGGGGUGGUGCUCCUCAUGAAGGUCCUAGGGAAGGUGGGUCCGAUGGUCAAGGAGGUGGGUCUGGUGGUUGGGGUGGGGCUCCUUACAAAGGUCCUGGGGAAGGUGGGUCCGGUGGUCAAGCAGGUGCUCCUCUCCAUGAACCAUUGCGAGGUCGUCAUGGUGGCCAAGAUAGGCAUGGCGGUAGGGGUGGUGCUCCUGGCCCGUGGCAAGGUGGUCCUGGCAGGCGAGGCGGUGGGAGUGGUGGUUGGGGUGGUGCUCCUCACCAUGGCCAUGCUCCUGAGAAUUAA